GCACCAGCUGAUCGAGACUCGUGGCGGCCAUUGUGAAAGAUCAAGCCGACUCACCUCCAGUUUUUUGACGCUAUAGAGACAACCAUUGCCUUAUUUAUCCUCCUCUAAGGCCAUGGCCACACCUAAGGACAUGGCCGAGCUGAUGCAGUGGCCGCGGUGGACCAACCUACGCGUGUGUCAGGUGGAACAGCCCGAUAUAAUUUGGGUGCGUGAAUUCCCGUCCACCACUUGUUCUGAAGAGCUACAAAACUUCCUCAGACUGGAGAGGCAACUCGGUGAACACUACAAGGACCAGCAUCUGCAAUACUCCCAGCACUGGUCAUUGCUCAGAGUGGGAAGUCACGUUGUGGUCUACCAUCAGAGGUACUGGGCUCGAGGGCAGGUAGAGAGUGUGCCUGGGACAAGGUCAGGGAAGGCACGGGUGUUCCUACAUGACUAUGGAUGCACUGUGGAGGAGCAGGUUCAAAAUAUUGUAGUGCUGGAGCCGGGGGAGUGGACGAGUGUUCCUUACCAAGCCAAGAGGAUCUGUCUGGCCGGCGUGGCUCCAGCAUCCCUCCAGUGCUUGCUGCUGCAUGAAGAGCCUAAGAUGGUCUUGAAAGAAUGCCAGCACUGGGACCCGGCCGCUGCAAGCUUUGUUGGGUCAGUGUGUGAGAAGUCAGCCAAGGUGGAGUUUGAGCCGGUUGGCCUCAACCAUGAGGGCUGUGUCAGCGGCAGGCUGGCCGUGAGCCUUCCCAGGGAGUGCUGGGCCGGCCUGGUGCCCCGGCUGGAGGCAAGUGUCCAUCCUGAGACAUCCAAAGACUGGCUGACAUUAGAUCUUGCGCUGGUAUUGGUGGCUGAAGGCUAUGCAGUACUGCAGACACAGAGUGCCCAGAUGGAACAAGGCUCUGAUGCUGGUUGCCGCCUACCUGGGAGCAGACUCACAAAGUCCAGCACAGGGCAGCAGGACAGCUCCCUUAGCAGUGCCGAGGAGUCUCUCCCUGAAAGCUAUCCUUCAAGGCACAGCAGCAGGCCACCAUCGUCCCUUUUCAUCGGGAGCACCGAAAGUAUCCCAGGGAACACCUCAAUGUCCAAGUGUAAGGAUGUCAAGCCAUCACAUGCUGAUCAGAAUGGAGAUCACGCUUCACCAAGAUCCCAGCAAGGUGGUGCUCUCUUUACCUCCUGGUGUGAUUUUGAAAACACUUCAGCCUCCGAGGGGAAUGCUCAAGAGAAAGUGUCAUAUGCAGCUUCCGAGGGGAACGCUCAAGAGAAAGUGUCAUAUGCAGCUUCCGAGGGGAACGCUCAAGAGAAAGUGUCAUAUUCAGCCUCCGAGGGGAAUGCUCAAGAGAAAGUGUCAUAUUCAGCCUCCGAGGGGAACGCUCAAGAGAAAGUGUCAUAUUCAUGUAAACCUUCCUGCAAGGUUAAGCUAAAAGGUGAAAACUGUAGUUACCACGACUCCUUGGAGAAUAAGGACAUCAUCAGUAAUUUGUCUGGUGAGGAAAGCUUCAUCAGUCAUGUUGAUUGUACAGAGAAGAACUCAGUGUUGUCCUCCAAAGGGUACUCUGGAUCAAAUAACAUACCCAAGGAAGUUCAGUUGAAGCCACUUGAUUAUAUGAAUGACUUUGUUAAGUAUGCAGAAAUUAAAGCAGUGGUGGAUGCAGGUCUCUGUGAUGAAUUCAAUGUAUCAGGACCUGAGGCCACAAAGAACUUAUUGAAAAAGCUGGACCGUGAAGAAGACGACAUCCCAGAGAAAAGUCACACUUGGGAAGUUACUGUCAACAGUGAAACAAUAUGUGAGCCUUUUUUUUCAUCCUUCUUGUUGAUUGACGAGGGCUUUGAAGUGGAGCAAUGUUCCUCCAGCCCAGACGAGGGGCUGUACAACAGCCUUGUCAAGCAGGACGCUCCCCCUGAGGCACCUGACAUUACCAAGCUGUACCGAGUGUUCAUCGCUGGCGAACACAGCGUCUCAGAGGAAGAGGUCAUCAAAAACAAAAACUUGGUGUCCACAGCUCUGAAUGAUCAAAUUGUGAGUGCAGUCCUCAAGAGGGGAAUGAGAGCCACUCGUCUCCAGGCCUACGCCUGGCCACUCAUUGCCAAGGGGCGCUCGGCCGUCGUUGUUGGUGAGAAGUCUUGUGGGAAGACAAUGGGCUAUGUUGUGCCUCUGUUGUCCACCAUUCUGGAUACAUGGAAGCUCAUGAGUGAGCGACUUAGCCCAGGCAUUGGCCCAGUGAUGGUGGUGGUGUGCAGUGGCUGGCAGAGUGCCAAAUGUGUGGCAGAGAAUGUGGUCACCCUCCUGCCAGCCAGUACACCCUUCAAGAUCAUGACAGCUUGGGGAGGCUGUGGACAUGAGGAGGAGGUCAGCACAGGCAAGCAACUCUGCAGUGGUUGUGACAUCUUGAUCACCACAGCACCCUGCCUCCUGCGCUUGUUGACGGGCGGCCCGCAGGGGGCAGCUACCACCCUGAAGAGGUGCUGUCAUCUAGUGUUUGAUGAUAUAGAUGUCACACUACAGCAAUUUCCCUCUGAAGUUAAGGAAAUCCUCAUAGCACUGGGAAAGGGACGAAGGAAAUCUGGCCGCCGAGACCUGGAGCUGCAGGUGGUGUUAGUGAGCACCAGGUGGACGGAACUGCUGUGUCAGCUGACGCAGACCCUCCUUCCUCUCCUGGAGCCAACACUUGUGAUCUCUGCACCGUGUGAAGCAGCACUUGCCACUAAGGUACCAAGUAACCUGCACCUUGUGUCUAGUGAAACUGAGGCUCUCCUUGUGGUGGUGAGACUUACAGAAUCUUGUGUCUUCAAAAAGAAAAUGGUCUUUGUCAGCAAUGAUGACUUAGCGGAGUCGCUGAGUGAAUGGAUGAAGGGUGCAGGCGUGCGCUGCGUCACUGUGAGCAGCACCACUCAUAUGUGGAAGGUGCAGCAGUUUGUACAGGAGUGGCACGUGCUGGAAGCCAUGACAAUGAUUGUGUGUCAGGGAGCAGAAGUUUCUCUUCUCAGUCAUGACAUUGCCAACGCCCAGGUGCUCUUCCACACACACCUUGGCCCCUCACUGACGACCCUCACCCAGAGGUACAGCUUCAUGACAGCAAACUUUGUCACUGACUUGAACCAAAGUCCAAGUAACUGUGAAUCACACCUGAUUCUAACAAAAUGUGCUCUUGAAAAAUUACCUGGAGCAAUGGAUGAAUUAUAUAGAAUCUGUGAGGACGUUCCCUGUGAGGUGAAAAAAUCUGUAGAAAUAAUACAGAAUGGAAGAAAUUCCAAGUACAAGGCUUUGUGUUACUACCUGAAGGCUUAUGGGAGAUGUUAUAAAAAACAUUCUUGCAAGUUUAGACAUGUGGUAAAAAUCUCUGAUGUACCUCAACACAUACCAAGAUUUGGGGAAGUGACCUUCAAGGUCAUAAGGAGCCUCAGUGCCUCAAGGUACAUAGUGCAUCUCACCCAGUACAGAGACAAGGCCGGGGCCCCGUGCACUGACCUCGCCAACACCUACCCUGCCCUGUGCUCAGCCCUGCACAGCCACUAUCAGGAUGCAGGCCGCUGUGAGUCUCUGGAGUGUGCCCAGCCCGGGGUGCUGUGUGCCGUUCAGGAUAAGGAUGCCUGGGUGAGGGCACAGAUCAUUUCAGUGAAUCACAGAGCAAGUUCCUCCAUGAUAAAUGUUUUCCUUAUUGAUGAAGGGAAGCAGGUCACUGUGAGCCUGGAGUCAGCCAAGGCUCUCCCUCUCUGUUUGGCAGCAGUUCCACAGUUGGCUGUUGAGGUGCUGCUGUGUUGUGUUCAGCCCAUGGAUGGUGACCACAGCUGGACACUCCAAGCAACACACUUUGCUCAGACCAAUUUUGCUCAAAAGAAGAACAACAAAUUCAUUGGUAGGAUUUCCCUUGCUUUGGGAUGUACGCUAUGGCUGAAUCCAGCUGCAGAGUUCAUUAAAAUAGACAAGAUGUUUGUACAGAAGCAAUCACUGAGGGGAAAACUCUUGUCAGAAAAUUUUGGAAUGGAUAAUCCUACUCAUAUGAAAAAUCUGGAAGAACUUUGUGCCCAGGCUGGUGUGUCCCUGGAGGCAGAAGCAGUGCCUGACAGUGGCUGGAGGACGGCAAUAACUGAAGCCCUUGACAAGCUGAAGGACGGGGGAGGUAAGGAAGACAACCCUAGAAUCAGUGUAACAGAUCCUUGUGCUGGGUGUGGAGAGUCCUCAAGGGAAGAAAAAGAAACCCGGAAGAUGGAACACUUGACAAGGAAUAACCUAAACAGUAUUGGAAGUUCUGGGAGUGAAGUCUUGAGCCCACAGCAUCAGGAGGAGAGAGAGAGUAACCUAAACAGUAUUGAAAGUUCUUGGAGUAAUGUCUUGAGCCCACAGCAUCAGGAGGAGAGAGAGAGUAACCUAAACAGUAUUGGAAGUUCUGGGAGUAAAGUCUUGAGCCCACAGCAUCAGAAGGAGAGAGAGAGUAACCUAAAAAGCGGUAGACGUUAUCGGUCUGUCCCGGCACUGUGCCAAGAGAAGCUGGCACUCGACCAGGAAGUGAUGGUGAAAGUCGUGGAGGUCGUGUCACCGGAGGAAUUCUUCGUCAUCAAAGCAGAUAAAUUAAAGGAACUGAACGCCCUUGAGGUAAAAAUGAGGUACCUGGCCGAGCUGCUGGGCUCGUGUGACCACCGAGGGGACACUGGAAGAGCCCGGUGCUGCCUGGGACCCACACCUUCCUCAGCAUCUCCCUGCCUUGUUACACUCAAUGACAAUAGAUGCUGUCGAGGUGUUGUGAGGGGCGGUGGAGCCGGUGGCAGCGUGUCGGUGUUCUUGGUGGAUCACGGCAGGACAGUGCAGGUGGACGGCUCCCAGGUGCACGGCUGUCCUGAAGCAGUGGCAGAACCAAUACCCGGCCAGGCCAUCUCCUGCACCUUACCACACACGGCUGUGCCAGACAACCUGAAGGAGGCUGCUACUCAAGCCAUGCUGGGGCUGACUGACAUGACGGACUCUUGGACUGUUAAGGUCCUUGCUGUUGACGAGGGAACCUGUGGACCUGUGUACGCUGUGGAGCUCACCAACGACUCCUUUGCUCCACCACUUGACAUGAGGAAAGAACUUGCCUUCAUGGGCUUUCCUCUGUUUGACUAGGCAGGCAAAGCAGUGGUUUAUAUUAAGUUACUAUUUUAUAUAAUGUACUGAGGGGAGGGAAGUCUCAAAUAACCAGCACUUGGGUCAGUUUCAUUUCAUCCAUUCGGUCAUAUAUGUAAGGAAACCAUUAACCCCAUUUUUUAUUGUUCUAUUAAGUAACAAAGAAAUGUAAGUAAGGGGACCAUUAACCCCAUUUUAUAUUGUCACCGCCAAGUGGCCUAAGACUACCCACAUGCUGUCCUGAAGACCACCCAUCAACCCGAACUCUAGAAGAAACCGUCCAGGUGAAUCAAGAAUGAGUUCCGGGGGGCAGCAUGAGCCAAGAAUAAAUGACGCCAUUAUAAAAAUUGCCUGCGCCAUGACGGGCUUGGGCCGACCACCAGGCCCCUGAACAAAGUCUUCUAGAGAAGCAAGGGUACUAAAAAUUACUGUAAAUUAUUAGAUAACUUUUAUUUUCACUCACAGAGCCAGAUGUCUUUUUAUGUACCUGAAAAGAGAUAAAUUAUUGGUAUAUAUAUGGCCAUACUAGUAGAAACAGCAGUUGUAGUGGUAGUAAUAGUAGCAGUAGUAGUAGUAGCAGCAGAAAUAUCAAUAAUACUAGUAGUGGUAUAGUGAAACCAUUUCAGCGAGUCAAUUGAGGUGUCAUUGGUUCCUGCAGGUCCUUUCCUUCCCUCUGCUCUGCCACACAGUCCCAACACUAGUCUCUUCCUCUCAUAUGUUAUCUACAGGUAACAUGUGAGAGGAAAAAAUAGGUGUUGGGACUGAGUGGCAGAGCAGAGGGGAGGAAAGGACCUGCAGGAGCAAACGCCUCAACAGACACUAAAAUGGUUUCACUUUAGUAGUAAGCCAAGUUGAUAUUGCACAUAUGUUGCUUAGUGGUCUGGAUAUUGACUGUUUGCUCUCUCUCUCUCUCUCUCUCUCUCUCUCUCUCUCUCUCUCUCACCUCACAGGACCUACAGGAUGUCUCCCACAGUAUGUUUACAAACCCCACAGACACAUGCCCCCCAGACUCAUAGAUAAGUCUCUCUCUCUCUCUCUCUCUCUCUCUCUCUCUCUCUCUCUCUCUCUCACAGGACCCACAGGAUGUCCCCCACGGACACAUGCCCCCCAGACUCAUAGAUAAAGACCCCCUCCCCACUACUCUCUUCCUCUCUCUGAACCGACAUGGCAUAUGCUCCCUGUUAGUUGAGUGUGUGUGUGAGACCCCCAGGCUUUGAUCAGGAGAACAAUAAAAUGUAUCAAGAAAUGUUAAUAAAUAAAUGAAAUCAAAAGGUAACUGUGUGUAAGUCUUCCCCAUAUGAGAGAGAGAGAAUCAUAGAGGAGGAGGAGAAGGAGCAAAAUGGGAAAAGGAAAGGAAAUUAAGAUGGGAAACAUGGAAAAGUAGGAAGAGGAGGAGGAGGAGAAGCAGAAGAGAGAAAAAGAUAAAUUUUAGGAAGGAGAAAUCAACGAAAAAUGGUAUAAAAGGAGGAGGAAAUAAUAUAACAGAGGAGAAAUGAGGGAAGGAUAUCAGAAAGGGGGAAAAACAUGAACAGAGGAGAAAUAGCAGUAAUAGUAGUUAGGAAGUAGUAGGAAUAAUGGAAAUAAAGUAUUAAAGGAGGAGGAAGUAAUAUAACAAAGAGGAGAGAUGAGGGAAAGAUAUCAGAAAGGAGGAAAAACAUGAACAGAGAAGAGAAUAAAUAUAAAUUAGGAGGAAGAGCAGAAGGAUGUAGUUUGCAAUAGGAAUCAUGCACACUACUACGACUACUACUACUGUUACUACGAAUCUUGGUCCUCGGCAAAGUAAGUCUUGGGUCAUCCUGCCUCUGCUGCUGCUCGUAAAGUCCUGGUUCCUGAGUUUCUGCUACUGUCACCAUCUCCUGCUGACCGGACACCUCACCUGUGAAUGGAAAGAGGUGUGUAACGAGCAUGUGUGUGUGUGUGUGUGUGUGUGUUCUGUCUUAACCCCUUGACUGUGGAUUUCCUACAAGAAGACCUCACCAAGCUACAGGAAUGGAACAAAAAGUGGCUGCUACAAUUCAAUGAAGAAAAUGUAAAGCCAUUCACCUUGGGAGGGGAUAUCCAGCAUACCAAUACCACAUGGGAAACACUCCACAAUCCACCACAGAGGCAGAGAAAAACCUGGGACUAUAUGUUACCAGGCUACCAGAGAAAUCCAAAUCUGUGCCAAUCGCAGCAGACGAGUUAAACAGGCAGUUCUGACGUCAGUGUAACGAGUGUGUGUGUGUGUGUGUGUGUGUACCCUCCCUGACUUAACCAGGCAGCAGGGAGACCUGGGGGAGGAGUUGAUACAGAUGGGAGGUGAGGCGGUGGGGCAGCAAGACGGUGAGGGAGAAGUAAGAGAACCACCAAGCUGCCUGGAGCCCUGACGCCCGAGCUGAGGGAUCGUGUCUAAGAGGGCCGAGCUCAUGGUGGUUGAGCUGACAGUGUGCGGGAGCAGUGCUGAGUAGGCCCUGGGUGUGGCAGUCGAGUGCAGUGACGGGCGACAGAGCACCAGCAACCAUUCUGCACACCUGUUUCACUUUAACCCAUCUGCUGCAAUUGGAAUGAAUUUGUCUUUCACUGGUAGCCUGGUAACAUAUACUCCCAGGUCUUUCUCUGCCUCUGUGGUGGAUAGAGGAGUGUUUCCCAUGUGGUAUUGAUGUGGUGGUUCACUGCUGGAUACCCCCUCCCAAAGUGCAUGACUUUAUAUUUUUCUUCAUUGAAUUGUAGCAGCUACUUUUUGAUCCAUUCCUGUAGCUUGGUGAUGUCUUCUUGUAGGAAAUCCACAGCCAAGGGGUUGAUAAAGCUCUCUGGAGCAAGUGACUUUUCAUUGUGGUUCACAACUGAUUGACUCACAUUUAUCUAUUUACUAUUAUUUUUCUUUUUACAGCAAGGGAGGCAGCUCCAGGGCAUAAACAAAAUCAACAAUAGGAGAGCCGAGUAAAUGCUGCUCCAACAAAAGAAAAUAGAAUAAGAGGCGAUUAGAGAAAUGAGUUAUCAUUUUGGUAAUGAUCUAAACAAUGAAAAUGGUCGCAUGAAUCAAAGACAUGCACUGGAGUUGACAUUAUCCUGAAGGAAGCGUGAGGAAGGGUGCAAUGCUUCAGGGACAUGACAGCAGGUAGGGCAGAGGUCAGUGGUGAGAGAUGAGGUGCAUAUUUCCUGGGGUAAGGUCAAUAUGUGCUGGGUUAUGAGUUAUCCGUGGCAACAUACAGUUUAUAGUUAAGCUGUGUUGGGUUAUGUGUUAUAUGUAAACCAGCAUACCAGUAAAGGUCAAAAUACAGUACCCUCUCGAGUUUCGCGAUCCUCGAGUUUAGCGCUUAGUCCUAAAUUCUUACCAUCACGACUUCUGCGCAUUACCGCCACGAGUUUCGCGUUCCUUUGACAUGUACGGGUUGCGCGUCUACCUACCAUCAGCGUCAUGCGUGCUGCCUUAAAAGGCAGUGUCCAACCACUGGAGCUAUGGGCAACCGCGGUUGCCUGUAUGUACAACCGGGAGCGAGUUGUUGGUUGUCCGUAUGAAUGGAAAACGGUUGUGAGUACGAGCGUGGGUAUGUGGGUACCUCACAGCUGUAUGUAAACAAACAGAUGAUGGCAGUGGCUGAGGAGUGAGGAGCAGUGGAAGAUGGCCCACCAAGAGACUUGUAAAAUGGACUGGCAGAGCUGCUUUGCUUACUGCUUGAUUAACAAGAUAAGAGAACACCCCCGUGCUGGGGAACCAGUGCAAAAAACUUUUUUCUCGAGUCUAUGAAAAUUGUAGAUCUCUGUGAUGUUUUCCUCUUCUUCUUCUUUUGACCUGUAAUGCAUGGCAGCGAUGGUGAAAAGUAACAGUGGAAAAUAGCAAAAGGGCAUAGAAAACCAAAAUCAGGGAAAGAAAAGAACAGAAAAACACCUAAGUUCAGGGCGGAGUGUAUAAGUGCGCACUGUGAAGUAACUAAGGGCCGCUUUCACAGUCACUGUUUGUUUUGAUCGUUACCAAUGGUGGCGAUCGAUGCUAUGGUUUUCCACGUGAAAUUGGCCAAUGGGGUAGUGGUGGCUGCAGAGAAAGCGACAGGUGUUGAGAGUGUGUGGUAAGGUGCGGGGCAAGGCUAACCCUGCAGCCGCCACGAGAUGCCGUUGUAAAGGCAAUACCUCCGACACCAUCACAUCACAUCACUACCCAUCGGCCAGUUUCAUGUGGAAAUACUAAAGCUGCGAUUGCCGCUAUUGGUAACAAUCAAUAUAAACAAAAGUACUGUGAAAGUGGCCCUAAGAGCAUGUUGUGAAGUAUAAAUGUGUGGAGAAGGAGGAACUAAGAAGCGAUACAAAGCAUUACAGGUCAAAAGAAGAAGAAGGUCCACUAUACACUGGCCGGUGUUGCAAGAAAUAUCUUCCCGCUGAAAUUAGUCAUCCUGCUGUCCACCACGCAUAUGUGCUGUGGGAAUACACAGCAUUAAAAGUGUUCAUUUGUCUGGAUUUGUUAUUUUUUGUCCGCUUGUGGUCUUUGUGAGCAGUGAGGGAAAUAUGGAAGCAGUAAGCAAGUUGAACCUCUCUGCGAGCUAUUAUGCGAUUGCGGCGGCAGUUUACGUUCAAUAGGCAUUGAAAAAUCAAUCAUGAUGUUAGUGAUUUGAUGAUAUAUAACAGAAAGAGUUAGCAGAUUAUACCAUAACACACUGAAAACUACUAGAAGCUAUAGGUUUGUCCAACUGUACCACGGGUGACCGCGAGCAACCACCCUUACAUUAGCAGACGACACCACGUGGAUCACAAGCAUGUAUUCAGAACUGCCAGCCAAUUGUAAGGCGGCCGCCUUCAACUGCGGCUUCAGAACGACCUGUUCUCACUUCCCAUUUUCUGCCUAUAACCAAGGUACGUAUUUUGAUUUAACAAGAGAGUUAAGUCGAAAAAAAUUGUGAUAACAAGGGAGUCAAGUUGAAAAUUAAAAAGUAAUUUUUUUCCACGGUCCGGAACCAAUAAGCGCUUUUUCAUGUAUUUCAAUACCUCGAGUUUCGCGAUCCUCGAGUUUAGCACUAUACCUUCAGAAUGAAGCAAGCGCAAAACUCGAGAGGGUACUGUACGAUAUUAUGUGUUAUAUGUGACUCGGCCUACCGGAAGUGCUCCAUGGUGCUUGUAGAAAGGUGCAGAGGGACAGGAACACACUGUUGAGAGAACUAUUGACAACAUAACAGGAUGUAGUGAUGAAGAAAUUGGUGGCAGCAUUAUUGAUCUGGCCUAGGUAAGAAUAUACAGCACAAACUAGCUCAAGAGAAUACAAAGAGCAUCAACAAAAAAUGGAUAAGCUGAGGCUGCCAUACUCAGAAGAACAUGGAGAGAGAGGUGACAGGGUGAUGAACGGAGCAGACAGAACUGAUGGAGAAAAUUUCUUUGUGUGGGACGGGGGAGUAACAAGAGUGGAAGGAAAUUGAAAGAGACAAGAUGCUUGAAGGAUUUAAAGAAAUACUGCUUUCUUGCCUGGAUAAAUAGGUUGUUCACUGCAAAAACUUCAAAGAGUUACAGCUAAGACUGACUGCUUGAAACCCAGAGGCCAAACCCCAUGAGUGUAGCUCACUUCCUGUAUGUCACGCCAAGGUGAAUACCCAGUACAAAGACUUGGAUGAUUUUCAAUCUAACUUUGACUCCGAGACAGAACUUGCAGAACGCAUCUCAUUUCCUGCACAUCACAACUAGGUAAAUACACGCAUGCAGUGUUCAGCACGCUGCUCGGCUUACGACUGAGAGGUCCUGAGUUUGACUCCUGGGUGGAGCAGAGACAGGUGGACACCUGUGCCUCUGCCCAGCCAGCAGUGAACUGGUGCUGGGUGUCAGACAGGGUUGUGUCCUGCCUCCCAUGGUGG